AUGGCAGCCCCAAGGAUUAAUGGGCAACAAGCGCUGAAAAAGUGCCACAGGGAAGUACCCUACUCUUCAUGCAAUUAUAUCAUGCGUUUAGUACUUUCAGUACUUUUUAAUAUCCUCAUCCAAGCGGAAUUCGGUCGAUUCAUGGGUAUCUCCACAUUAACGGUGACUGCAGGUCUGCUUACUAAACCCCACUUUACCGGGCCAACCCAUGUUUACUUUCAAAAGACUGGGGGAAUUCGACGGUCGCGACUUCGGUCAUUCGAUCCAGGAGUGGUGCAGCACUCAGCAGAUAACUUGGAAAGUGGCCUCGUGUUCCAGGACGCGUCUUUGCAACAGGCACUAGAGGAGGAUGUUCAAAGGUCGCCAAGAGUGGAUCAGUCAUUUACGUACAGUCUAAAGAACGCUGAACAGGAUCCCGAGGUAUCUUUAUGCGAAAGCAAUGAAGGUAGCCGAGGGAUCACUUGUCAAGCAGUACCUAGUGUCAAUAAGCGGAGAGAACAAGACGUCCGGAGUACUAUGUUGGAACUGUUCAAACGAAGGAUUUUGCACCAAAUGAAUCUACGUCAAGUCCCAGCUGUGAACGAGAGUGCCUGGGAUUCCAUCCCCUCUGUGAUCAAAAAACGAUUGCAAAUCAAAGUGGACACAAAUAAUCGCAUUUUGGAGGACCCAUUAGAGGAAAAUGAAGAAAAGGAGGCGAUUAUUUUACUUCAAAUAUACCCCUUUGCCUUGAAAAAGUUGCCCUCACUUACCUUCGCAGUUAACUUGGCCGAUGCGAUUGACGCUGGCAAUGUUCUCAGUGCUUGGAUCCAUGCCGAGACGGAAGGCGAAUUUUUGGACGACACCAAAUUGUUCUUCUGGGAGAUCAUUCCUCCUUGGCCCGUUCCCAAGUCGGUGCAGAAUGUAGAAGAUAAUCAGGAGGAUUUCGACUUGUACGCUGAUCCACGGAAAGACAGCACUCAAUCCCUGUGGAAUGAGCCAUUGGAGGACGUCGGCGAAAACGCAGCCCAACUUGAGGUGUCCCAAUCCCAAUCGUUCAAAGUCCUUCAACCAGUAAUUGCUAAGGCGACCUUGCCCGGUUCCAGUGGAAGUUACGAAAACGUCAUCUCUGUAGAUAUCACUGCUCGGCUGAUUCAUUGGAUCAGGCACGGAAAGAGCCAUAGAUAUGGCACUCGGAUGCAACCUCUGAUUCGGCAUAUUUUAAUUGUCUGUCCAACUUGCAGCGAAGAAAACUUGCGUAUCAACCCGAAGAAGGUAGUAAUGGAAGUCCGCUAUCGCAAAGAACUGCGUCGUUUACGCCGAUCAGUUGGUACACCAGAAGCUGGACUAACAAACCUGUGUCGUGAAGAUGGACAUCAAUUUACUUGCUGCACGCAGCCACUGUCAAUUUCAUUCGCUGAAAUCGGGUGGGACCGGUGGGUAAUGUUCCCGAAAAAGGUGGAACCAAAUUACUGCCGCGGAUCAUGCCAAG